UCAGUGCUUUUGAAUGACAUUGUGUUUAAACUAGCGACAUUACUGUCAAAAGUGUAAAUAAUAAGCGACAUUACUGUCAAAAGUGUGAAUAUUUAUUACAGAAAUGUCAAAAAGGCAGUCAAGUGUCUUUGAUGAUUCACAGGAGGAGGGGGAUUUGAGCCAAAGGGAUUUAUUUGCAGAGGCUUUGUCAUCUGAACAAGACCCUGGACAUUAUGCACAAGGAAUUCCACAAAAUGUUGGAAAUGAAAUAUUAAAAACACUAAUGAAAUUAGAAAAAAACUUGGAAGGUGUGAUGAAAGAUGUGGCAGCACUAAAGAGGCAACAAAAUGAUGGAGCUUUUUCCAUGGAAACCUGUACAUUUAAGAAAAGACUUAAUGUUUUCCUCAAGGAAAAAUUCAGCAGAUGUCCUUGGCUGAAGACUCAAUCUGACUUGGAGUUUAAAAAUGAAGUUAGAAAAUGUCUAAAGCAAGACAAUUUUCAGACCAAUACUUUGGCAUACAGGUCAGUGAACCAGUGGGCAACUACCAGGUUCACUGAAUAUCGUAACCAAUUGAGAAGAAAAUUGAUGUCAGACAUUAAGAAUGGCAAAGAUGUUCAGGCCAUGCCAUUACAAGAGUUUUGUAAAACCUAUCUGGAGAGUUAUGCCAGUUCUGCCAGUGUAGAUGUUGGUGAUUCUCCAGAGAGAAUUCAGGUUUCUUUGGUUUUGAGGUCAUUUACGCAUUCCCAGAAAUUGAAUGUUGAAGGGAGUGAUGAGUUGGAGUUCUUUACUGACUUUUGGGCAAAAGUUAUGGAAUAUUACGAUGAAGUUACUAAGAAAGAUGAUGAAAGAAAAUGGGACAAAUUGAAGAUGCUUGAUAACAGAAGGAUGACUCAAAGGCAAGCAGCACAGCAACCAGGUAAUGAGACGUAGUAAAGAAGAAACAAUGAGAUGGAGUUAAGGAAUGAAUUAUAAAGAAUGAACAUGAUGAAAGAAGGAACAUAGCCAAAAAGAUACUGAAAUAAAAAUAAAUAAAUACAUUUGUUAAUACAU